UCCAAUGCAAAAGUGUGUGGGUCACAGGAGAAGAGAAGCACAGCAGUGGAAGUGACAUGUCUUUGUUGUAUACCUGUGGUUAAAACCACAGCUGCCUGUAUCAGACCAACUAGUUUAAAAAUCAACCAUGAUUGGUUAUGGUCGAAAUAACUUCACGUGGAAUGGAAGUCUGAGGGAGCUUGGAGGCAGCUGCCCAGUGUUUUGUGCAGAGCGAAGGCGUACAAGCAUGACAGCCAUCACAAGCUCCUGCAGUGGUCUAGAGGUCCUCCUUUCCACCCUUCAGAAUGCAGGAGAUGUGGAAAGCACCUUAAAUGUCCUCAAAGUCCUGGAUGAGCUUCUUUCAGCUGGUACAGAUCGUCGCUUCCACUAUAUGAUCAGUAAAGGUGGUAGCGAGGCCUUGCUGACUGCACUGGUUAAAUUUGGCCGAAGUUUCAGUCCUAACUACACUGUUCUGCUUCCACUGCUACAGUUGCUGGCUAAGGUUGGAUACAGAGACUGUCGUAUUGGCAUGAAGGCAGAGGAGGCUGGAGCUGUUUUGCUUACUCUGAAUCUGCUUAGGCACAAUGUCAAAGAUGACAUGAGGGCUGCAGCCUGCCUGUGGGCGAUCCAGGUGUUCUCCUCUUCAGUUUCUACAGCAAACCUAAUAGGAGAAAACCAUGGACUGGAUGUCAUCUUUUCUCUCAUCCCACACUAUACUACCAAACACCUGCACACUAUUAAGGCAGCCAUUCAUGCUUUUUCUGCUCUGCUGGGCACAAAGGCCAAUGUCCGCUCAGUGGUGUCGAAGGGUUACAUCUCUGGCCUUUUACAGCUGUACAAGGACUGGCACAGCAAGGACACUCAGCAUGUUGCCACAGCAAUCUGCCACGUGCUGCUGUGCUGCCUCCAUAAACUCACCCACAUUACUGCAGGCAGACAGGCUUUCAUAACAGAGGGAGGCCUUGCACUGCUGUAUCAAACUACACAGACUUGUUUGUUGAGUAAAUGUUUGGAAUCUCUAGUGGAGCCCUCUAUGCAGCUGAUGAGGAAGUGUCUUCCUAGAACACCGCUACCACUUCCAUCAGAUCUGUCUGCAUACACGUUCCCCCUGCCUGGAAAGUCAAAUGGCAUGGCUGAUGUGGAUGCGGCACUGGAUGAAAGCGGCAAGGACAGUGAUGAAGAUGAUGAAAAUAAUCAGAACACAGACAGCAGAGACUAUGAUGAAGACUUGGAGACUGACCUGAAUAAACUUCUCAGUCGUCCUGAUCCAGACAGACCAAAGUACCUGCUGCCAUAUUACAGCUUCCUCUGUCCUGAACUGUCUCAUGACUUCCAGGAACUGGAUCUGAGUUCAGAGUCAGAGGAGAGUUCAUCCUCAUCAUCACUACUUUAUGAAGAAGAUAUGCUGCUCCACAGUCUACUCUCCUCUAGAAGCAGGAGGCGGAGCAGCAAUUCAUCCACUUCCUCUCUGAGCUCUCACACUGAUACAGCGGCCUCCAGAACAUACACAGAUACUUCCCAGAUAGAGGCCUGUGAUGUGGACAGUCAGAGCAGCGCCCUCAGCACCAGCCCCAGCAUUAGGACCAUGGUUAGAGCAGCAACGGAUAAGGAUGGCUCCCCAGGUCAAAGAAAGCAUGGGCAGGACGAUGAGGUGGAGGGACCAGAAGAAGAAUCCCAUUACUCAACAACCAUAGACAGACUGUUGGAAAAACAUGGACCCCGCAUCCUCCACCACGAACCCAAGCUGUACUGUAGCACAGCCACCAAAACUAAAUCUAUUCCAGGAUUCAACGUCUUGGCAUUCCCUGAUUUUUGGGGUCAUCUUCCACCACCUGGAUGUGAACCAAUGCCCCCACGCAAAGCCAACAUACAGAGGCAGAAAGUGUUCCAAGAUAUCCAACGUUUCCUGAAUCUUGCUGACCUCAUAAACGAAGUAGUCUUUGACUUGGAAGACAGCAGUGUUGAGUCACGGUGCGAUUCCUUGAAGUUCUUCUCCAAGUUUGAAUGUGGGAACCUGAGGAAGGCUGUGCAGGUCCGCAGAUAUGAAUAUGACCUCAUAUUGAACGCAGAUGCUAACUGCUCCCAGCACACUCAGUGGUUUUACUUUGAAGUCAGUAACAUGGUGGCAGACACCCCUUAUCGUUUCAAUGUAAUCAACUGUGAGAAGAGCAACAGUCAGUUCAACUACGGAAUGCAGCCAGUGCUCUACUCUGUUAAGGAAGCUUUGGAGGGUCGACCACACUGGGUGAGGGCUGGAACUGAAAUCUGUUAUUUCAGAAACCACUUUUGCCCAGUUCGAGGCAGACAAAGAGCAACUUUUUACACACUGACGUUUACGGUUAGCUUCAAACACACUGAGGAUGUGUGCUACCUGGCCUACCACUACCCCUACACAUAUUCUGCUCUACAGGUUCACCUGAAAGUGCUUCAGCAGUCAGUCGAUCCUGCCACUACGUAUUUUCGGCAACAGAAUCUCUGUGGAAGUUUGGCUGGAAACAUGUGUCCAGUAGUCACUAUAACAGCUUACCCUGCCAAGAAGGCCUGGAAAGACAUGCACCAGCUCCGUAAUCGUCCAUGUAUCCUGCUGACCGGCCGUGUCCAUCCUGGUGAAUCUAAUGCCAGCUGGGUAAUGAAGGGCACCCUGGAAUUUCUGUGCAGCAAUGACCCAGUGGCCCAAAGUCUGAGGGAGGCCUUUAUAUUUAAAAUCAUACCCAUGCUCAAUCCAGAUGGAGUCAUCAAUGGCAUGAAUCGCUGUGAUCUAAAUGGUAAGGACCUUAAUCGCCAGUGGUGCAAACCGGAUCCUAUCCUCAGUCCUACCAUCUAUCACACCAAGGGCUUUCUGUACUACCUCAACAGUAUAGGACGGACUCCUCUGAUUUUCUGUGACUACCACGGUCACUCUAGAAAGAAGAAUGUUUUCCUGUAUGGCUGUAGUGUCAAAGAAACUCUGUGGCAGUCCGGUUCUACUGUUGACACAGUGGGACUGAAGGAAGACCCUGGAUAUAGAACUCUUGCAAAGAUCUUGGAUCGUAUUGCACCAUCCUUUUCAAUCAACAGCUGCAACUAUUUGGUGGAAAAGUCUCGCUCUGCCACAGCCAGGGUGGUUGUGUGGAGGGAGAUAGGUGUGCUGAGAAGUUACACCAUGGAGAGUACCUACAAUGGCUGUGACCAAGGCAUAUACAAAGGCCUACAGACAGGAACCAGAGAAAUGCAGGAGAUGGGGGCUAAGUUCUGCCACAGUCUACUGUCAUUGAUAAAAGACACAAAGGCUGUUUACAGCACAAGACUCAUCAAGCACGUGGAAUUUGACCACGCUUCUCACAACUGCUUUGAAGACGACGAGCCUCCGUGCGUUGAGGAGAUUGAGUAUUCCACAAACUGCUGCGCACUUAAAGACACUGAUCUGGAUUCAGAGGUCGACACUGCCAUUGCUGAUUAAGAGCAGGAGGGCGUUGAAGGGCACGAGGAGCAAAGCAUCAAGGCAGCAACAGGCAAGUGCAGCAAUCAAGCGUGAAGAGUCUAUUCCCCGACCUGAUCAGACAGGCCAGCAUGGAGACGCUCAGCGAGAAAAGAUACCCCAGUACUGGUGUGAGCGUCGCAAACGGAAAGAUGAUGAACUGAACCAGUGUUUGUAGGUUUUUGUUUUGAUGCAGACUGUCAGAGAUCAACAAAUGUGAAAGCGGUCCUAAGUAUUGCUUUCCUGAGUGACACACAUCAUCUUCAUCUAAAUGAUUAUGUACUGUCUGGAGUCAAAAUCCCAACACUGUGUGCGGAUGAUGCUCAGCACGUUUCCUGUUGUGUAACUCAACUGUCCAUUUAAUGACAUUUCCUGAACUCUACAGCCAUCUGUGAAUUUUCCUUACAUGUGUGUCUCCUGAGUCAUGCAUUUGACAGCUGUCUGUUGGUAUGUGGUGACAGAUGUGAUUAAACUUGGGCUGUGGUUGAGUGUAAAGCCAAACAUUG